GUCGGGGUGGCGAAGGAAGCGUGGGGAUUUUGCUGAGGGGAGACGGUCGGGCGGGAUGGAGUUGGGGGAGGCGGUUGGCGGGGAAAGGUAAGGAGGAUCUUGCUCUGCUUCCUUCCGGGGAGCGAUGUGGCUUUCCUGGCAGAGAAGGCUGUUGCCUGUAGGCAGUCGAAGGGUCUUCAAACUCUUCUGCAGGUUACAUUGCCAGGCUGCAAAGAGGGACACCAUCUUUGCGUUGUCUUCAGGCCAAGGAAAAUGUGGAGUGGCUGUGAUUCGAACCAGUGGGCCAGCUAGCUGUUCAGCCUUGCUCUCCCUAACAGGGACAAAGGAACCACCGCCUCCAAGAACUGCUACUUUACGUAGGAUCUGUGAUCCCAGCUCUUCUGAAACCCUCGACCGGGGCCUUGUGCUAUGGUUCCCAGGGCCAGGUAGUUUCACAGGUGAGGACAGUGCCGAGUUCCAUGUGCAUGGUGGCCCAGCUGUGGUGAACGGCGUCUUGAAUGCUUUGGGUGCACUUCCUCAGCUGCGCUUUGCUGAACCUGGAGAAUUCACCAAACGGGCCUUCCAGAAUGGCAAGCUAGACCUCACGGCAGCUGAAGGCUUAGGAGACCUAAUUCACGCUGAGACGGAAGGCCAGCGCCGGCAGGCCUUACGUCAGAUGGAUGGGGAAUUGGGUCAGCUCUAUCAGCGCUGGAGCGACACCCUCACAAAGGCCCUGGCCCAUCUGGAGGCUUACAUCGACUUCAGCGAAGAUGACAAUAUCGAGGACAACGUCCUUGCUCAAGUGGAAAACGCUGUCGAGGCAUUGGAGACGGAGCUGAGGGAGCAUUUGCAAGAUGGCCGCCGUGGGGAGAGGCUGAGGGAUGGGGUCCAUGUGGUGAUCGCAGGGCCUCCUAAUGCCGGGAAGAGCAGCCUUCUCAACCAGUUGUGUCAAAAGCCAACUGCUAUAGUCUCUCCAGUGGCAGGGACCACUCGAGAUGUGGUAGAGACUGCCUUGAACAUUGGUGGCUUCCCUGUGGUGCUAAGUGACACAGCAGGCCUGCGACAGACCACCGACGUGGUUGAGAUGGAAGGAGUGAGCCGGGCUCGGCAGAGGGUGCAUGAUGCUGACCUUGUUCUGGUCAUUCUGGAUGGGAAAGUAGCAGCUCAGCAGCCUGACCACCUAGCUCUCUCCGUGGCAGAUGUUCGGUCUCCCAACGAGCCCAAUGGGACACAGCCCUACCUUCUGGUUCUGAACAAAAUAGACCUACUUGGAGAAGAGGACCAAGCGGAUCUCCUGAUGACCUGUGACAGACUAGGUGUAGGCCCUGCCUGCUUGUUAUCCUGCAAAACUGGAGAUGGGAUUGUGGUCUUCCUGAAUGCAUUGCAGGAACAGCUGGCUCACAUGUGUGGUGACCCCCGGACUGGUUCCCCCAGUCCAACAAAAGCACGUCACCAGCUCAGCUUGCAGAAAUGCCUGGAAGCCCUGCGAUGCUUUGCUCAGUACCAGCCUACGGAUCUUGUGUUGGCUGCUGAGCAGCUGCGACAGGCACGGCGACAGCUAGGACGGCUGACGGGCCAAGUGGGGACCGAAGAGCUCUUGGCAAUCAUCUUCAAGGACUUUUGUAUCGGCAAGUGAAGGAGAACUGCAAACUACGAACUAGUCAGCACAGGGUGCCCCCCAGAAGCUGAAGGUGGUUCUGCAGUGAAAGUAUUGGUGGGACAGGCUGCCCGCAAGCUUUAUUUAGGGUGGUGUUUUUCAAACUUGGCGACUUUAAGAUGUGUGGACUUCAACUCCCAGAAUUCCCCAGCCAAGUCUGAAAAACACUGACAGGGUUAGAAGUUGCACUGGUGACGAGGAAAGGGUUUUUGCAGAAGGAUAGAAGAAGUGCUGAAGUGGCCUCUCCAAAUGACAUAUCGGUCUCUCCCACUGAGCAGGUGGCUAAAUGGUUCCUGCCAACUUUACAGUCUAACGUCUUCUGGAAUAAAGUUUUCAACAAUCAUCUGAAGCUUGAAGAACUGAAUUCUGUUUACAGAAGAAAUGGUUAUAAAAGGGAUCAGGCAAAUUAAUGGAAAUGGUUAGGUUUGUUAGUCGUUGUUCUUGUGGUAGCAAAAAAAGGAACCUCACGUUCAGCCGUUUUCUACCGGUGAGUGUCAAAUGCUGGGGAUGAAGGAAAGGUUACUGUCUUUGGAUCCUGCAUAUGAACAUAGGUGGGUGGGCAUCUAGGUAACUAUUAGAGGAAGCAGGAUGCUAGACUAGAAAGAUCCUUCUUCUGAUCCAGAAACGCUCUUCUUACUGACUGCUUCCCACAUCUUAAUAUGGCUUAUAACCACCCAGCCACUGUGGCUUUUAAAACACUUGCUAGCACAAUCUAUGAAGCCAGACAAUUGUGUUUUAUUCAGCAACCUUAGCAGAGAUGCCCUUCUGUGAAGCUCCAAGGUGGGCUUGCAACAGGCUUUUCAGCAAGGCCUGGGUAGAGCUUUGCUUCCUCUGUUCUCUUUCAUUCUCCAAAUUGGGAAUCCCACCCGAUUGGUUUGGGAAAAAAAAGGAUGUGGCCCCCAAACCCUCCCCAGUCUGUCUCUCCUUCCUGGCAGACCUUUCUGCAUCAAGGCUUCUCAAGACUCACUGGGAAAACAGCCACAUUUCCUGCUGCUGGACGCUGAGCGGAAAAUCAAUUCAGGAAGCGCCUGGCUGGAGUUUCCCUUCUCAGGCGGCUCUAGGCCCAUCUGUAAUCAUAAAGACAACUGGGAAGCAGAUAUUUCCUGGGGAGCGAUCUGCGUGUCCCUCCAGCCUUGGCAGGGGCGGAGUUGUGUCUGCUACAACAGCCUUCCCUAACCCGGCGCCUUCCAAAUGUGCUAAGAAUCUGCCAGGUGGGCUGCGUACUUUGCGAGUUGUGGUCUCAGCACAUCUGUCCUUGACCAGGUUAGGGAGCCUACAGCAGAACA